UCGAAGCAGCGGCAGUGAACGUGUUAAUUCAUCAAACGCACCGUGGACCAUUAUAAAUCAAGCUUAGCAGUGGCGGUGAACGUGUUAAUUCAUCAGACGCUUAUAUCUCCACGUUUUUCUAAAAACCCUGGCAGUGAACGUGUUAACCGUUCAUAUCUACAGCGAUUACCUUUCAACAGUAUUUAUCACAAAAUUAAUCGUUUUUUUUAUAUUUACAUUAAACGAUACCCGAAAUUAUUUAACAUUGAAAGAACGUAUUGGUAUUACACGUAUUUAUGUACAGAGAUUUAUUAAUGCCCGAUAAUUAAAGGUUAUCAUAAAUAUGCGUUGAAAAAAAAGGAUCACGUUGAAAUUAUAUCUUUCAUUACAACUCCGAGUUUUAUAAAAACACCAUGUGUUCUUUAUAGUAAAAACGUUCAAUAUAUUGGUAUCGUACGUAAUAUGAAUUGAUAUGUUAGUAAACAAUAUGGCUUCCGGAGAAGAAAUCACAAACUGGUCGUCCAGCAUCGAGGACACGGAGAUUGUUAGCGUUGUAGUACCUGAUAGUUCUACUCAUCUAACAGUUACGGUAGUACUGAAUUAUUGUAAGAAGAAAAUUUUAAUACCGUAUUUGCGUUAUUUGAGUUUCAUUGGAUUUCGACCGCUUUUGAAUGAUCAACAAGGUUCAUGUUUUUGUGGAAAACUUCUAAAUUUUCUUUAUACUUGCCUUAUAAUUGUUGUGAUGUUAGUUGGAUAUAUGGUACACUACAUGGCUUGUUUCAGGAGAGACAGGGGAUUUUAUUACGUGUUUUCCAGUUCAAAUAACACCCUAAAAGCGGCUUACGACGCCAUAUUUACAGAAACCUGUGAUCGACCGAUCACUUUCACAUUCGUUUUACCAAGUUUGCUCCAUCUAUCGGCCUAUCUACAUACCUUGAUCGUUUUUAGAAACACAGACGACGAACAGCUUCCCGUACUAAUGGAAAGGGUGUUUCUCGCGUCGACUAAUCUAUCGGACGGUUUCAUAAGUCAAAGAAAAUUAGUGAAAAUACUUUGGUUGUUCGUUAUGUGCAGUUUGGUGUGGAUAAGCGUUUCGUUUAUCAUUUCUAUUUUUAUGUUGGUCAAAGGGGAUAUUACUUUCAGAUGGAUUGAAAACGGUUGGUUGCCGGCGGUGUCGUUAAAAAUAUUAUUUGUUGUCUGUACGUUAUGGCAAGAUUUAAUACAAUCGGCAAUAAUAUCAAAUUAUUGCCUUCAAGCGCAGCUGUUGACUUCCCACGUACGAUUCAUGAGGGAUAAACUACUACAAUUUCCAGUACAACCUUUAGAAUGGAUGAGGGACAUAGAGGAUUUUAAAAAACUGUUGAAUCAUUUUAACAAGAAAAUUUCUCCGUCGGUAUGUCUGUUGUUAAUCAUGGAUAUAUCGUUCGCUCUAUCUGGAGCUUUAUGGUUAUAUAUUUUGCACGUUAGACAUAUAUCGUUACCUAUACACGGACUCAGUGCCAUAAAUAUUCUAAAUGUUUUCUUUUGGGCUAUUAUUGCUAUAGCACCAAUCAUACAAGCUGCUAGGUUGUCGAAUUCUUGUAAGGUACUAAAAACUGUCGGGCAAGAGGUUAGGGCCCGUCCCUAUGUUCAUCAGGAUACCCCCAUUCAGGAAUUGGACUCUGUAUUGCUGUAUACGACUAGUUUGAACAUCGAUGCCAAGUUAUUUUGUAUAUCAAUUACAGGAAGAAGUCUUAUUUUUUGUAUAACAUUGGCGUCGGUUGUUUUUUUGGUUCUAGGUCAAAGUCAUUAUUUUUUACAUUGAAAUAGCGAGAAAUGUAAUUAUUCAAUAAAUAUUUAGAAUUUCA